AUGGAAUCAGCUAUUGAAAAACUUCGUAAAUACCGUGAUAAAGAUUAUCAUUUACACGAUGAAAUAAUUGAAUUAUGGACAAACAUUUUAUCUGAAUGUGAUUUAUCAAUAUUAGGAGAUGAAAAAUGGUUAAUACUUGAACAAGUAUUCAAAUCAGCAUUACAUUGUUCAAAAGAACCAAUGGCUCAUCAAUGUCUUCAAAAAAUAGAAAAACAAUUUGAAAAAACUAGUCCUCUUCUAAUCACAUUAAAUGCAAUGUAUUUUGAAUCAAUUGGAGAUUUUGAAAAAGCUGAAGAAAUUUGUUCAAUAUUAAUAGAAGAAAAUGAAACAGAUGACAUUAAAAAAUUUCUUGGUUUAACUAAUUAUUUACUUCAUAUUUGUAGAAAAUCACACGGUCUUCCUUUAACUUGUUUAAAACUUAUUGAAGGUUAUUGUCAAAAAAUUACAAAAUGUAUCAACGAUGACAAUUCUUUAUUAAAUGAUAUGAAAAAUGUACUAAACGAAAUAAAAGAUUUACUUCAAUUAAUUGAUCUGAACGACAUACAAACAGCAAAAAUUAAUCGUAUUAUUGGUGUUCUUGAAUCUUGUUAUUCCCGACUAUCAAAUGAAAUUAAUCAAAUGAAAAAAGAAUUAUUGAACGUAAAACAUCAAUAUGAACAUCAAAAUAGUGCAUUAGAUGAAUUACGUAAAGAAAUGAUUGAUUUAAGAAAACAAUCCAGCAUGCAGGUACUUAAAGAAGCAUCUGCUCAUUUACUUAUUCCGUUCAUAGAACAAGUAACAAAACAGUCGGAAAAAGAAAACGAAGAACAAACAAAUUUAAUUUCAGAAGAACCAGAUGAUUUUCAAAAAUUUUAUAAUAAAUAUUAUCUAGAAAUAAUAAAAUCCGAUGUUGCAUUAGAUGAAGGACCAUUAACAACUAUUGAUAAUGUCAUAAACGAUUUCGUUAAACAAUCAAAAAUAGCAAAACCAGAUUUUAUUGAUCUACUUAUUAAUAAAACAAAUCGCAAUCGUAAAUCUCAUCAUAUUAUUGACUGUUACAUCGACAAUUAUAUCAAUAAUCGGUAUACGGAAAAUUUUAUUGAAUUUUUAGAAUGUGAAAAUUCGGUCAAAUUAAUUGUCGAUGAUAAUGAUAAAGUUAAUUUAAUUAAAUUAUUAAAGUUGAACAGCAAACUUCGACGAAAACAAAAUUCUCUUAAUGUAUUUCUUAAUCAAUUUGAUACUUUACAAGAACGUAAUGAUAUGAUUAUUGCUCCAUUUCGAAUGUCCAUCGUUGAACAAGAUAAAGAAAAUGGUGCAAUUGUUAUGGGUGAAAUUGAAUCAGGAAGUUGUCGUAUUGGGGACCAAUGUCUAAUUAUGCCAAAUCAGACACGUGUUGAAAUUACAAAUAUUUAUCAUGAAGACAGUAAAACUGAUUCUGGUGUUUAUGGACAAAAUGUUCAACUUGAAUUAAAAAACGUUGAAGAAGAAAAAAUCUCACCUGGUUUUAUUUUAUGCGAUGCUCAGCAAAAACCAUGUCGUGUUGGGAGAAUCUUUGAAUCAGAAGUGAUGAUAAUUAAACAUCAAUCGAAAAUUUAUCCAGGUUAUAUAGCUGUUCUUCGUAUUCAUGCUGCUGUUACUCGAGUUUAUCUAAAAGAAUUAAUAAAAUUAAUUGAUCCUAAAACAGGUCAAACAACUCGAAAAAAACCAAAAUUUAUAAAACAAGAUCAAGUUGCAAUUGUAAGAUUUGAAUUAUCACAAUCAGAACAAGUUAUUUGUAUGGAACAAUUUAGACAUUUUCCUCGACUUGGUCGAUUUGCAUUACUUAAUAAAAAUGGACCUGUUGCUGUUGGAAAAGUUCUUAAAAUCAUCGAAUAA